AUGGCCCAGAGAAAGCUUCAGCAGGAAAUCGAUAAGACCUUCAAGAAAGUUGCAGAGGGGAUUCAGACCUUCGAAGGAAUCUACGACAAAAUACAACAAGCUGGCAACGCGUCCCAGAAGGACAAGCUCGAAGAUGCCCUCAAGCGAGAGAUUAAGAAGUUGCAGCGACAUCGUGACCAGAUCAAGACCUGGGCUGCUGGCAACGAGAUCAAGGAUAAGAAGCCCCUCCUAGAGCAGAGAAAGGCCAUCGAGGCUGAGAUGGAGAAGUUCAAAGCCGUGGAGAAGGAAAUGAAGACCAAAGCAUUCUCUAAGGAGGGUUUAAGUGCAACCGCAAAACUCGACCCCAAGGAACAGGAGAAAGCGGAGGUCACCGAUUUUUUGAGUACUAUGGUCGAAGAGUUAGAUCACCAGAUCGAGACACUAGAGGCCGAGGAGGAAUCACUUCAAGCAAACGUCAAGAGGGGGAAAAAGGACAUGGCCAAGGCUGAUCGUCUGUCCGAAAUUAGCAGAACUACAGAACGACACAAGUUCCAUCAAGGGAAGCUGGAAUUAUUACUUCGAUUUUUACAGAACGGGAACGUAGAGACAGAUCAGGUCCGAGAGCUGGAAGAGGGUAUCAGGUACUACGUUGAGGAGAACCAGUCCGUUGAGUUCAUGGAGGAUGAAACAAUGUAUGAUGACCUGAACCUUGAGGAGGAUGAAGGUGUCUUUGGCCUACCGACGGAAGGUGAUCGAGUCUCCUCCCAGGACGCUCAAUCAAUUCAAGACGAUCAGCAAGACGCAGCAGAGAGCCGAGGGGCUUCAGGUGGAGGUGGCAAGCCCAAGUCAACUUCAUUUUCGGAACCACAAACCGCUACGGCAAGAAGGCCAUCCAAUACCUUCAAGUCGCCUUUGCCAGCUUUGGCAACAUUGCACACUCCUCAUGCGACUGUACCAAACGGCACGGUCAACAAUCCUAUGAAACCUGCACCACCACCGAGUAGGCCGCCAGGAGAAACUUUGAAAUACGCGUCUGCAGCCGCGGCAGCAGCUGCGAGCGAUAAGAGCACGGUUGUGGGAAUUGCUCCAUUGCCUCCUCCGCCAGGAAUUCCAAGUAGCCAAAUAUCUACUGCGGCCCCUGGGCUCCCGAGUCUACCGUCUGCUCAGAAAAGUGUCAUUACAUCCUCAACUAAUACCGCAGCUUCGAUUCCUACUAGCUCAACUUCUUCUACACCUGUCAUCGAAGCUGCUGCACCGACAUCGAGCGCGGAAGCACUCCAAAGUCCGCCGACUAGGCCGAAGUCUCCUCCUUUACCGGGGACUUCUACAGCCGAGGCCAGUAUACAUAAUCCACCACCAUCGCCCCCCGAUGCUGCUCCGACUACCUCUCUUUCUCCACCAGAUGCGAAGCCUUCGCCGCCACCACCCACUAAAACUACCAUACCCGUGGAAAUAUCAGCCUCUAGAGAAACGCUAAACCCUUCGAGUAGAGAAUUAUCACCUUCCGACACGCAGACAAAUGGAAUUAUGGCACAGGUAGAAGAGCCUGAGUCUAUCUACCAUUUGCCCCCCGGCCUGCAAGAUCUUCUUCAAUCCUUUGAGGCUACGAAGAGUCGCCCUCCUGACCCAGAUUCACCUUCCGUCCAACGAGCUAUACAAAUAUCAGCUGCUAGCCGUCCAAAUUACCUUGACGCAGAGAAACCAAGACAGUACAGGCCAGAUAUAAAGUACAACACGCCCGAUUACUACCCACAAGAGCCUUUCGCUUUCGCAGACGACCCCACUCUUUACGGUAAGAUAGAGACGGAUACUUUGUUUUACAUCUUUUACUACCGUCAGAACACAUAUCAGCAAUAUAUGGCGGCAAAAUCGCUGAAAAGUCAAAGCUGGAGGUUUCACAAGCAAUAUCAAACUUGGUUCCAGCGACAUGAAGAGCCGAAGACGAUCACGGAGGAAUAUGAGCAGGGUACCUAUCGAUUCUUUGACUAUGAGAGCACAUGGUGGGUACAAUCCGCCUCUUUUCCGAGAUCUCACCGUUAA